CCGCUCGAGGCGCUAAUUUAACUCGACUUGCAAAACUCGUAGGCGCUGCUACUACUUACAACUCUUCUCUCCAGCCGGUUUCAUCUAGCGGGUGAUGCGGCGGAGCCCCGGCGCCGGGUCCCUGUCCCCGCGCGCCAUGGGUCCCGCCUGGCGGAGCGCCCCUGCAGUGCUGGGGCUCCUCGGGGGGCUGCCGCUGCUGCUGCUGUGCCCGCCCGCGGCGCGGGGUGACUGCAGCCUUCCUCCAGAUAUACCUAAUGCCCAGCCAGCUUUGGGAGGUCUUACAAGUUUUCCUACAGGCAACACAGUAACAUACAAAUGCAACAAAGGCUUUGUGAAAGUUCCUGGCAAGCCGGAUAAAGUGGUCUGCCUUGAGAACCAUAAAUGGUCCGAGAUUACAGAAUUUUGUAACCGUAGCUGUGAUGUUCCAACCAGGCUAUUUUUUGCAUCCCUCAAAGAGCCUUAUAGCAAACAGAAUUAUUUCCCGGUGGGUUACACUGUAGAAUAUGACUGCCGGCCUGGUUUCAAAAGGGACGAUUCUCUAUCAGGAAGAAUAACUUGCCUUCCAAAUUUAACAUGGUCCAAACCUGCUGAAUUUUGUAAAAAAAAAUCAUGUCCUAAUCCUGGAAAAAUAAAAAAUGGUCAUGUCAGUAUAACAACUGACAUAUUAUUUGGCUCACCUAUCUUCUUCUCAUGUGACAAAGGGUACAAGUUAGUUGGUACAACUUCUAGUUACUGUUCUCUUGUGGAGCAAAAUGUUGGGUGGAGUGACCCGUUGCCAGAAUGCAAACAAAUUUUUUGCCUAGACCCACCACAGAUUGACAAUGGGAAAAUUCAAGAGCAGCAGCCCAAUUAUGUAGAUGGACAAUCUGUAACAUACACAUGUACUGAAGGCUUCAUCCUGAUGGGAAAGAACUCUAUACAGUGUGUUGUAAACGAUAACCAAGGAGAAUGGAGUGGCCAGCCACCGGUAUGCGAAGAAAGUCCUCCAACUAUCAAGGUCCCACCAGCAGUUCAGAAACCCACCACAGUAAAAGCUCCGGUUACAGAGGCCACACCUACUCCUCAGAAACCCACCACAGUUAAUGCUCCAGCUACAGAAGCCCCAACUCCUCAGAAACCCACCACAGUAAAUGUUCCAGGUACAAAGGUCCCGCCUACUCCUCAGAAACCCACCACUGUAAAGGCUCCGGUUACGGAGGCCCUGCCUACUCCUCAGAAACCCACCACUGUAAAGGCUCCGGUUACGGAGGCCCCGCCUACUCCUCAGAAACCCACCACUGUAAAGGCUCCGGUUACGGAGGCCCCGCCUACUCCUCAGAAACCCACCACUGUAAAGGCUCCGGUUACGGAGGCCCCGCCUACUCCUCAGAAACCCACCACUGUAAAAGCUCCGGUUACAGAGGCCCCGCCUACUCCUCAGAAACCCACCACUGUAAAUGCUUUAGGCACAGAGGGCCCAACUCCUCAGAAACUCACCACAACAAAUGCUCCAGCUACAGAGGCCCCACCAACAACUCAGAAAUCCAGCACAGCAAAUGCCACCAAGGCCCCAGCAACAGCUCAAAAGCCCCCAGUAUCAAAGGCCUUAUCUACAAAGACCCUGUCAGCAGCCCUGAAUCCUGUCAGAGCAAAUGCUUCUGCUACACAGGCCACACCAACAGCCCAAAGAUUUAGCAUAGCAAAUGCUUCAUCUACUCAUGGUCUUCCAGCAACACAAAAACCCACCACUGUACAUGUCCCCGUGACUAAGGGUCCCCAAACUACUCAAAGAAUUACUUCAUCACAUAUAACAGCAACUCGGGGUCUAGCUGUUCCCAGGGCAACCACACGUUUGCCUGCAACAAGCAUAUCUAAAGGAAGAGGAACGCUUCCUUCAGAUGCUACCACCCUUAUAUAUGGAAUUGUUGCUGGCACUUUAAUAAUUGGUAGCCCAAUUCUAGUCAAAAUUUUCUGGGACUAUGGAAGAUCAGGUUCUUAUAAUACACAUGAGAACAACAAAGAUAUGUUUCAUCAUUUAACUGUGACUGGUGAUGACUCAGAAUUAAGACUUUCUGAUAAAUUAGAAGAGGACACACAUGUAUAACACUGACUGUUUUGCUUAUGAUGCUAGUAACCAUUGGCUAGCUGUCUUAAAUGAAGAAGAAUUAAGAAGAAAGUGUACACAAAUAAACAGAAUCUUUCUAGUUUCUUAGAACUUUUGGAGAAAUGGACACAAUACUUCCAGUAGUGCUCUUCGCUUUCCUGGUUAUGGAUGUCUUUAAUAUGCAUAGUAAAGUCAACAAAGCAGGGAGGAAGGAGUCCAUCCUGGAAUCACAACCUCAACACACCUAAGCCUCUUGAAAAUAGAACAACUCACAGGACUGAGAGUGAUUGCUUUCCUGAAUGCAUAGGGAUGUAUAGAGAUUCAUUCAUUCAUGCUGUAGAAUGUGAGCAGGAAAAAAUGAAAUGUGAUUCUUUUCACUCAUUGUGUAAUGAUAUUUUUACGUAUACAGGUAAUAAAAAUUAAAAAUAUUAAUUAGAUAUUGAAAACAAACAAAAGCAUUAAUUAAAUAUUGAAAACAAAUGAAAACCUGAAACCAGUCUCUUCUAAGGAAAAUUGUCACAGAGAGCUGAACUGCAUUGUAAAAUGAUCCUUGACUGUAACGCCAUUUCAAAAUUUUUCCUUAUCCCAUUAAAAUGAGUCUGAAUGGGUUAGCAAAAUAUUUUAAAGGGAAAACAUACUAAUGAUCCAGAGUGUUCAGUUUCUUGGGUUAGUAGGUGGCAAGGGAAGAAUAUAGAAUGAAAAAAUAAUUCUUCCUUUGUUUCACAAAUACGGAUAAUGAACCAGGAUUUAGCCCAUUGGUUCUAAGAUGGUUUAGAGAAUUUUGUCUUUAGGACAAUUUUUUUUCUUUUUUCUCCUUUUUUUUUUUUUUGUAAAAGAGUCCUGUGAAAGGAGUCUUCUUUGACUAAAUGUGUUUAAAAAUAUCCAGAGAUACUAUAAUAUUAACAUAAGAAAAGAUUCUGUAUUUCUGAAGUGAGAUGUUCAUAGCCAAAUUGUAAAUCUUGUUCUUUUGAAAUAUUAAAAUUAAUUUAUUUGUAUUUAUUUAUGUGAAUGAACACAUUGGUUUUACAUAUAUAACAAGAAAAGUUCAUAUAUUCAAGAAUAUAUAUAAAGAAAAAUUUAUUUUCCCUAAAUAGAAAUAAAUAACUGAUCAUAUGUUUUUUGUCUCAUGUAGUAUUUAAAAUUUACUUUCUUAAAUGGCAAUAAUUCAUUCCUAAAUAAGAGAUCUCCACCCUGUUUCCUGUAAGUAGUUUAGAAUGCUGCCCUUUGGCUAACUUAUUGUGAGGCAUUUUCAGUUACUUUCAAAUUAUACUAUAUUACACUUUCUUAACCAUGUCAUAUCCU